AUGGAAACAAACCGCGACCAUCCCGCGAAGGUUUCAAACCUUGUCCUUAUCAAUGUCCUGAUGCCCCGCGCACUCGCAGUCCUGAACACCCUCCUGGCGGAAGGUCGUCGCCUCCACAACCGUCAGCUGUUUCCGCGGUUUAUCCUAUGUCUGGAAUUUGAGUUGAUUAUAAUCUCAUGGCAUAUCGCCUGCCAUGUUACAACGUGGGGAUGGAAAGAUCUACAACUCCCCUCUGCGUUCUGCCAUCUGGUUCAAGUAACCCGGCUAGGCCUUUUAGACGACGAGCUUGUUGUCGAGGGCUUGUCUCAUCGACUGGCCAGUACCCUUCCACCAGUGGUGAGCGACCCUCCCCGCGCAUGGUGGAUUAACUUCCCCGAGCGCGAGUCUGAGGCGCCUAGAUCCCAGGACGACAAAGACCACUUUCAGCAGCUAUAUCCCACCGAGGUCUGUGGGACCACGUACCUUCACGCACCACCGCCUCCCCCCGCCGGAACACCCUCCCGCGGCCCGCCCGAUAUUCUGCCGACAGGUCGGGGAAACCUUGCGAGAUCGAAGGUUGAAGCAGAGAAGUUGUUAGAGAUGGUGGAAUCGCAUUUCCAACGGGGGAAGAUCAGAUCAAACCAGUUGGACUUUCGCCUUCGUAGAUUGUGUGAACUCACCACCUAG